GCCGAUGCGGACUCGCUUCAGCCAGGACGGCGACCUCUUCAAGCACCGUCGACCUUGUUGAAAAUCGUCCAAUCUGCCAGCGACUGGUCUCUGUCGUCCGUCGCAGACAAUGUUCAAGCCCUCUCAGCCCAUGAUGGCGCGUUUGCGCCUGACCACCAAGCAGGUCAACGGUGGUUACUACAAGGGAAACCGAUCGGGAGCGAUGGGAUACUUCGCAAAAAAUGGCUCCUACGUGGUCGACUGGAAGAAAGUCCGCACUUAUGUUGUCCCUGAGCAACUUGAUCAAUUCAAGCUCACCCCGUUCGUCACGCGACGCAUGGCCCCGACGAGAAGUAAAUACACGAAGGAAUUGGAAAAGAACGGCAAGAAAAUCAUCGUGGAGCGAGCAUUCGAUGGAAAAGACUAUCUGAAGAUGUGGAUGUCAGAUAACGGUCAGGAAGUGCUCGAGUACGAGCGACUGGAAGCGGAGGGAGCGCUGCCAGAGCAGACCGAGGCCGCUCAACCGAAGAGUUCAUGAGAUCGCAGCGAGAGACGACGGUUUCCAAUUGUUUCCAGCUGGCGGCUCAUGAUCCGUUCUUGGGAAGUACUGGCAUACCAAUCCAUGGGAUCAUCGACACCCAAUGAGGGCAAUAUCAAGGCGUCUGGCAAACAGACGGCUCUGCAGAAGGCUACGUCCACCAUAUGUGCCGAUGCAAAAUCAACUGGGCGAGAAUUAUUAUUACUAUUCCUGUACCAUAUAACGCAUUGUGGUUUCUCUGGCGAGAUUAGGUGAUAUCAUACUGUUUCUUGGAUUGAGAGGCUCGAAUAUACAGAGCAUAGAACACUGGGAGGUCUCCCGGUCUUUUCUCUACCAUUUCAACGGCUGCUUUUUCUGUUCAUAUUGUUCCAGCAGUGUAAGGUGGUAAGCUGUCAUAGAUUUAAGCUAAAGCGCUGAUAGAGAAUCUUUGCGCAUAACUCGUCAGCUCGCAGUAAGUAUUAAUUAUUAAAUACUGCCGAAGUCUUUAGAAUUC